AUGUCUUCACCCGCUACUCAAUUCGUCUACGUCCCCAACCUGGUUGGCGGCCAAAUGCUCAGGAUCCCCAUCGAAGACAUCGAAGCCGAGGGCCAGAUCUCCAUCUCACAACAGCCCAUUGCCAGCCCAACGCUCUCGUCAAGAUACGUUCGUGAAUCAUCCCCUUCACCGAGCGUCGAGAGCGUCGACGACACCGACGAGUGA